GCUCAUGCCUCGGUAUAGAAUCAGACUCAUCGGUGCAGACUGCGUCCCUCUUACAAUGGAGACCUGAUGUAGACCCGGUCCAUGUGAUUAUAUAUCUAUGCGUGGUGACCCGGAGCUUUCAUUAAGGUCAAACAUCCUAUGAACGUUUCAGGAAGCGAAGGAAAGGAGGAGCUGGGUCAACAUUUGUUGUUGUUUCCUCACCUGUAUUCACCACCUGUCUGACGGCCCAGUCUGCAGGUCAUAGGAGAGUUUCCUCCGUAGAGUUUAAUUUGUUUACCCCGGCGGAUGAAUGGCAAUGUCGGCAGUGAGAGCAGCGGGGGGCCCGGCGUCUUUGUCCCGGUUCAGAGGCGCGCUGGUCGCGGCUGUGCUGGGAGAUUGUGUCGGAGGAGAGUUUGAAGGAGCGGAGGAGGUUCCCAUGGAGAGUGUGCUGCAGCAUCUGAACAGCCUGGACGACGAGACCAAAGGAAAUGGUAUCCUCGAGUACAGUGAUGACACAGCUAUGGCCCGCUGCGUGGUCAAGUCUCUGCUCACUCGUACCGGCUUUGAUGAGCAGGACAUGGCUCGCAGGUUUGCUAAGGAGUACAGUGCGUCUCCAGGUCGUGGGUAUGGUAGUGGAGUGAUCCAGGUGUUGAAGAAGCUGUCCUCCCCUCAGCUCACUGAUGUGUACCAGCCAGCCAGGGCUCAGUUUAACGGUCGGGGCUCCUUUGGGAAUGGGGGAGCUAUGAGGGCGGCCCCCUUUGCGCUGGCUUUCCCGGACCAGGUGGAUGUUAAAAAGUACGCUCAUCUUGGUGCCAUGCUGACACACUCCUGCUCCCUCGGUUACAAUGGGGCCGUGCUGCAGGCGUUAGCUGUGCACCUCUCCCUGCAGGGGGCGCUGGACCUCCCUCAGCAGUUCAUCAGCAGACUGAUCACAGAGAUGGAGGAAGUGGAGGCCAACGAGGAGACACGCAAUGAUGCCAGAAUUCUUAAAGAAGCAGAGAAGCCAUUCUGUGAGCGCCUCCACAGAGUGAGAGACCUGAUGGACAAGAGCAAAGUCAGCAUAGAGGAGGUCAUCUCUGAACUGGGCAAUGGCAUCGCAGCUCUCCACUCAGUCCCCACUGCCAUCUUCUGUGUCCUCCACUGCCUGGAGCCGCGGGACUGCCUUCCACAGAACUACGGCGGCGUGGAGAGGACGAUAGCGUACAGCUUGGCUCUGGGAGGGGACACUGACACCAUUGCAUGCAUGGCAGCGGCCAUCGCUGGGGCCCACUAUGGCAUCGAGACCAUUCCAGAAUCGUGGAUAAAGUGCUGCGAGGGGGCAGACGACGCAGACAUGAACGCAGAGCGACUUCACAGGCUGUACCACCAGUUAUCACAAGGUGGGGGGAGCAGUGCGGGGGAGCGGAGCUGUGAAGGUUCAGCUGAGAGCCAGUCAAAGGCUUCCAACGGCACAGACAAGAAACACGGAGCCGACUGAUUCAACAGCUGGUGUUUGGUGAAAGGACUCUUGAGAAAACACCCCCCCAAAAAAACACACAAACAACAUACCUUUCUCAGACUGUUUGUCAACAGGGAACCUGUGGUUGAGGGUCAACAUGAAAUGUUAUUUUACUUCAAAACUGCUCUUAGGUUUUCUUCUUUUCCUCGUAUCAACAGGUCAUGAGACCACAAAGCUUGCAAAAUAUAAAUAAUACUAAUAAAAAAUAAGCAAAGACACCGCCUGUUAGGAAACAAUAUCUGAGGCUGAACAAAGAAAAACAUCAGUCCCACCAGACAGAGGACACUGACUGUGUGACGACUGGAUCACAGACGUUCAUGCUGACUUUACACACACAGUUUGCACACAUAAUAACAGACUUCUCUCCUUCCUGCCUUUUCCUUUCUUGUGUUGAACAAUCCUUUGUCAUGUGAGUGUUGCACUAUGAAUUGGCCAUGUCUUGUUCUAUCCUUUUGGAUGAUAACUAUUUAAUAAACCUUUUUUAAAUUCA